GCCCAUGUCACCAUUUCUAGCAAUUCUCACUUCUAUAUUAUCAUCAGAGGAGUGUGGGUGGUUCACAAGGAGAUAUUGCUAUUGAUGAAGUUUACUUUGAGCCCCAAGCCUGUCCUGAAAUAAAUGGAGUGAUCUGUGAUUUUGAGGUAGACAUGUGCAGCUUUGUUCAGCUUUCCAAUGGCAGUCUUCACUGGAUCAACACCAAUGGCUCCAACCACAAUGGAAUCAAUGUGGAUCACACCACGGGCUCAGAAACAGGUCACUACAUUACACUCACGAACUCAAGUAGCACCAACAACUCUGCAACAAUGGUGUCACCCAUGUAUGCCCCCUCCUCUGGUGAGUGCCUGCAGUUCUAUUAUCACAUUCAUGGCAACAAUGGAGGCUCCUUGAAAGUGCAGCUUCACUUGAAAACCUCUGAGUCUAUCAUCUGGCAAAUGCAGGGUGAGCAAGGAGAUGACUGGAAAAUAGCACAGGUUACAAUCAAGACUCUCACAAAAUAUCAGCUUUCUUUCAGUGGAUGGAUGCUUCCUGGUUCAGGCGAUGUUUCACUAGACGACAUCUCCAUCUUGCCAUUUCCAUGUGCAGAGCCUGGAUCUUGUGACUUUGAGACUGACUUCUGCACUUUCACUAAUUCCAAAACAGAUCAGUUUGACUGGAUACUGGGUUUUGGAGAUACUAAAUCACUCUAUUCUGGACCUAGCACUGAUCACACAACUGGCACUGUAGAAGGGCACUACAUUUUUAUUGACAGCACUACGAGUCUUCCUGGUGACAAGGCCCAGCUUGUGAGCGAGACCCUACACCCCACCCCAGGAAGUUGCCUGGUGUUCUAUUACAACAUGAAUGGUGCAGGCAUGGGAUCACUGAAUGUCUACAAGUCCACACAGCUCAGCCAAAAGCUAAUCUUCAACCAGACAGGACAUCAUGCUAAUGCAUGGCUUCAGUCAUCUGUGAACCUUACUUCUGUGACACCUUACACCAUUAUCUUUGAAGGAGUCAAGGGAGCCAACAAUACCAGUGACAUAGCAUUAGAUGAUAUCUCUGUGUCACAAGGUGCUUGUGGCCAGCAAAAUGGAACAGGGACACCUGGAAUCACCACAACACCAUUAUCAAUUCCUAACUUGGGCUGCGACUUUGAGAAUGGCAUUUGUCAGUGGACACAAGAUACUAGCAAUCAGUUUAACUGGACAUGGCAGCAAGGUUCAACAGCCACUGCUGACUCAGGCCCCAGGUUUGACCACACACAAGGAAACAUCCGAGGGCACUAUGUGGAUGUUGAUGCCUCCCAUGCAGCCAAUGCCACAGCCCGCCUGCGCAGCCCACAGUUCAGCAACACAGGCUCAACAUGUGCAACAUUCUGGUACCACAUGUAUGGUGCAGAUGUGAACAAACUGAACUUGUAUCUUGCAAGUCCUGGAAAACCUGGUUCUCAAGUCUGGACAAAGUCUGGCAACCAGGGCUUUAUGUGGCAGUAUGCAGAAGUUGAAGUAGGGGCUGUUUCUUCCGCACAGCUCAUAUUUGAAGCUGUCUGUGGCACUGCAUACAUGGGAGAUAUAGCACUGGAUGAUAUCAGUAUAAUCAGUGGUCCAUGUCCUGCACCAGGCAAAGAUUUAUCAUUUUGUGAUUUCGAAGACACUCACAUGUGUGGAUUCGUGCAGUCGAUUAGUGACCAGUUUGAUUGGGUAUUGGAAACAGGAGCAACAACUCCAGACUUAGGACCUAAAGUUGAUCACACAUAUGGCAGUAUAGAGGGUCACUUUAUUUAUCUGAAGCCCGUAAAUUUUGGAGGUGAAGCACUACUGUUAAGCAAGCCUUACAACCCAACCUUUGGAAGCUGCCUUACCUUCUGGUACUACCAGAGAGGAGGUGAUGUAGGAACCAUUUUUGUCUCCAUUGUUCCUGUUGGAGAAGAAAUCACACCAUCAUCAAUAUGGAGAAUGGAUGAUGACCAGGGCACACAGUGGCACCUGGCUGCUAUUAACAUCGAAAAUGCAGAACAAUUUCAGGUAGUUUUUAAGGGGUCUCUUAGUGGCUAUGGAGGUGGCAUUGCACUGGAUGACAUCCGUAUGUCACCUAUAAGCUGUCAAGUCUUGGCAGACUGCGACUUUGAACAAGGUGGGAUCUGCACCUGGACUCAAAGUCAAAAUGAUGACUUUGACUGGCUAGUAAAUAGUGGGGAAACAGCUUCUUUGGACACUGGGCCUCCCAGCGAUCAUACAACUGGUACAGAAAGUGGGGAGUAUAUCUACCUUCCAUCAAUGGCUCCUCUACAUCCAGGAUACAAGGCCAUUCUGAUAUCUCAGAUAAUACCCCUCUAUGACCUCCCUGACUUAUGUUUUACAUUUUGGUACUACAUGUGGGGCUCCAGAGCUGGAACUCUGAAUAUCAGCUACCAUAUUCAAGGUGCAUUCAGUGACGAGCCUGUGAUUACGUUUACACGGACUGGUAACCAAGGAAACAAUUGGAUUCAAGGCUUUAUGGAUAUUCCUCAACCAUGGAAUGCGAUUACGAUCUUUAUUAUGGGAAGUAUUGGAAAUGGGGACAAAGGUGACAUUGCACUCGAUGAUUUCAAGCUCUAUUCUAUUAGUUGUGAUCAAGUCAAGGGUACCACUUCUACUGCUGUAUUGUUCAAGUGUAACGAUGCAGCCAACACAACAGUUACACAGGAUAAAGUCUGCAACUUUAUUAGAGACUGCCCACCUCCUUAUUUAGAUGAAGCUAACUGUGGUGACUGUGACUUUAAUGAUGAUAACUGCCAGUGGACAGAGGCCAGUAACAGUAUUUGGCAAUGGUCUUUGGGUAAUGGUCAAUCCAAUGCCAGCAGGGCUGUUCCCAAGUAUGACCACAGCGGCAGCACCACAGACAGUUUUUUGUACCUGGACAAGGGAACAGGCACACAAGCUGACUUUUCUGACAUUUACAGCAUUCAGUUUGGUCCUUGCAGUUCCACCUGUCAGAUGCAGUUGUUUUAUUACAUUUCUGGACAGGCUUCACAAGUCAGGGUGCUGCUAGAGCAGGCUGAAGAAAAAACAGUCUUGUGGGCAACACAAGGACGAGAUACUGACAAGUGGGUCAAAGCUACAGUUGAUAUUCUGCGAGUGGCAACACCAUUCAGGAUACAUAUUCAAGGAUACACUGCGCUGACAACUUCAUUUCAAGGCAUUGUGGCAGUUGAUGAUGUCCAGUUUGAAAACUGCAAUUUUCCAGUACCAGGAAACUGUGAUAGCAGUCAGACUCAGUUCCACUGCAAUAGCUCUGCCUGUAUCCCUAUGGCAGCUGUCUGUGACUUUACUGAUGAUUGCGGUGAUGGCAGUGAUGAGGCUUCUUGUGGUACUUAUCCAUCCCGCACAGACUUUGAACAAAGUUUGGGUGCCUGGUACAAUGACCAGUCUGGGUCAGAUAACUUUGAUUGGAUCCGUAUGCAUGGUUCAACCAGUACAAGUGGGACUGGUCCUUCACGGGAUCACAGUAGAGGAACAUCUAGUGGUUAUUAUAUGUAUAUAGACAGUUCUCCACCCAGCAAACCUGGUGACAAAGCUUGGCUUCUGAGCAUUGAUGCGUUUAACCCCACUUUAGGAUCCACUUGCGCACUGCGUUUCUAUUACCAUAUGUACGGAGCAGCCAUUGGAAAUCUCAACAUUUACACCCGUAUCUCUCUUCAUGGUAACUUAAAGCAGAUUCUGUCUCUCUCUGGAAACUAUGGUGAUGCAUGGAUGCGGAAGGACAUCAUCCUCCAAGAAAAAGAAUUAUUUCAGAUUGUCAUUGAAGGAGUGGUUGGAAAUGGUUACCUUGGUGAUAUUGGUAUUGACGACAUCUCCAUGACUUCUGACUGUCAAGUGUCCAAAGUAUCACUCCCAUCUGGCUCAACUCCUUUGCCUACUCAGCCUGCUCCCUGUUCAGCAAAUCAGUUUGCAUGUGAUGGCUAUCGCUGUAUUCCAAGAUCCCAAGUUUGUGACUUCCAUAAGCAGUGCAGUGAUGGCAGUGAUGAGCUUAUGUGUGGUGACUGCACCUUUGAAGCUGGCCUCUGUGGAUGGCGAGAUCACAGCACAGGGCAGUUUGCUUGGGUCAGGAAGUCAUUAAAUGAAAGUGCUUCAACAGGUGGGCCCAGCUCUGAUGCUGAUGGAGGUGCUCAAUACAUAAUCGUUCAGCCUACCAUGGGUGUAACUCAGGAUCCUGCUAGACUGAUGUCUCCAGUGCUCAAUGCUUCUGCUGCCAUGUGCUGCAUGAAUUUUAGUUACCACAUGUUUGGUUCUAGUGCAGGUAAUUUGAGGAUUCUUCUGCAGCAAACAAUAGACAUUGGCACAGACAAUGGUAUUGAUUUGUGGCACUAUUCAGGGACUGCUGGCAAUGCUUGGCAACAAUAUUCUGUUAGGAUUGGGCAGAUUGACUAUCCCUUUGUGAUCACAUUUUCCUCUUUGCCAACACCUGGAUUUGGCAGGUAUGAUGUGGCAAUUGAUAACAUUGCAUUCUCAGAUUGCCAGAAUGAAAAGAUCUUCAAUCAUACAGAAGUGAGCAUGGACUGUUCGUUUGAUUUAGGACUGUGUGGCUAUUCACAAGUUCAAACGGAUAACUUUGACUGGUCACUGACAGACAUAAGUACACCAACAGAAGGAACUGGACCUGAUCGUGAUCACACAUCAGGCACUGGCUGUUACAUUUACAUUGAGACAUCUACACCUCAGAAACCUGGUGAUGUAGCUGAUCUGACAUCUCCACUCCAGGCACCAACAAGUCCUGAAGGGAAGUGUUUAAAGUUUUGGUAUCACAUGUUUGGUGCACAUGUGGAAACUCUGAAUGUCUUCAUACAGCAAGACUCAAACCGCACACUAAUUUGGACUCGGUCAAACACACAAGGCAACAUUUGGCGUCAAGCAUUGCGUACCAUCGUCAGUUAUCAGUCAUACAAGGUUAUCUUUGAGGGAGUUGUUGGGGUGAGCUUCCUGGGUGACAUUGCAAUUGAUGAUGUCUCACUUGUGGAUGAGCCUUGUCCUCCUUCAUUGGAAUGUGACUUUGAGGCAGACUUUUGUGACUACACCCAGAGUACAGAUGAUCAGUUUGACUGGAUUCGUCAUGCGAAUAAUCUCUCACAAGUUAACACAGGUCCAUCCUGGGACCACACAGCACUCAACCGAGAGGGUUAUUACGCAUACCUUACAACAGGACCUCCCCAUAAGGCUGGAGACCGUGCUGUCAUUGUAAGCCCUGUUCAGCAAAGAUCUCUAAUCAGCCAGUGCUUAACUUUCUGGUACCAGAUGUAUGGUUUCCCAUCUGUGGGCCAGCUCAAUCUCUACAUUAUUUCAAAUGGUACUCGAUCAACAUCACCGGUUUUUAGUGUGGCAGGUGACCAUGGAAGCAUCUGGAUUCAGGCUGCCUACACUUUGCCACCACCAAAAGCCUCAUGGCAGAUCAUGAUUGAGGCCGUAGUUGGGCAAAGCGAUGCUGGAGACAUUGCUAUUGAUGAUAUAAAGAUACAAGAAGGUGACUGUCCUCCUCCUGGUUCCUGUAACUUUGAAGUUGACACCUGUAGCUACUACAAUAUUGAAGGCUAUGGCAUGGAUGACUUUGACUGGCUUCGCUCUGCAGGUGGGACUGUUGUAGCUGGCACUGGUCCUGCAGUUGACCACACAUCUGAUUCUGAUGCAGGUUUUUACAUGUACAUGCAAGCGGAUACCCACAGCAUGGGACAAAGGGCAUCAUUUUCCAGUUCUCCUAUUCCUUGUAGCCCUCAGAUGUGCAUCAGCUUUUGGUAUCACAUGUAUGGUCAGGAUGAAGGCACCUUGGUAGUGUACCAGAGUGGAGAACAACUUGUGACUCUUAUGACAAUGACAGGUGACCAAGGUGAUUUCUGGCACUACUGGGAGAACACAACAAGCUGUGACUCCUCUUUUGAGCUGAUAUUUGAUGGCACAGUAGGAAAUGGCUCUCGAGGAGAUAUUGCUAUUGAUGAUGUGUCUGUGAAACCAGGAAACUGCACUGGUCCACCUGCUACUGACAAUCCUGGAAUUUCACAAGUUACAUAUGCACCAACGAAGUAUGACUGCAACUUUGAUCAGGCUAGCAUCUGCAACUGGAUCCAGGACAUUACAGACAAUUUUAACUGGACCCUGCAUCAUGGUGCAACGGCAUCACUCCAAACAGGACCUAGCUAUGAUCAUACACAGCAGAAUAUAAAUGGUUACUAUAUAUACACUGAAGCAUCCCACCAGCCAGCCAAUGCUACGGCACGUAUUAUGAGUCAAACUGUGACCAUAAAUAACACUGGUUUAUGUGUUCACUUCUGGUUCCACAUGUAUGGCAGCAGCAUCGGAUUGCUUAAUGUCUAUGCUCAGCAAGGAAAAAAUCUGGGAAACCCUCUGUGGACAAGGUCAGGUGAACAAGGAGACAAGUGGAUCAGUGCAACUCUAUUUCUUACACCCCAAGGUCUCUCUCCUCUCCAGAAUCAGACAACUAUUGUGCAGAUUGUCUUUGAGGGUGUACUUACUAGAGGCUACCAAAGUGACAUAGCACUGGAUGACAUCUCCUUCAACAAUGGCAAUUGCCCUACAUCAGUCAGUUGUAGUUUUGAUUCUGAUGAUAUCUGUGGUUACCUGCAAGAAACAAUUGCUAAUUAUAGCUGGACCAGGCAAAGAGGUCACACACCAAGCUCAGGAACAGGUCCAGCCGCAGACCAUACCUAUGGCACAAUGAGUGGGUACUACAUGUAUGCAGAGGCUUCCAAAGGAAAUCCUGGCGAGAAUGCAAACCUGUUGAGUCCUGUGCAGCCUGCCACAACAGGCAAGUGCCUUCACUUUUACUACCACAUGAGUGGCACAGGCAUGGGAACACUCAUGGUGUCCAUCAGGGCACGGGCUGUAAGCACCGUCAUCUGGCGCCGCUUUUCAGACCAGGGUGAUGACUGGCAUACAGCACAAGUCUCCAUCAAUUCCAACUUUCAGUACCAGGUGGAGUUUCAAGCUGUCCGGGGAAGCACUUAUCAAAGUGAUAUAGCUAUAGAUGAUGUUGAGCUGCAGGAUGGCCUCUGCUCACUGCCAGCUUCAUGUGACUUUGAACAGGGACAAUGUGCCUGGAGCAAUGAUGACGCUGAUGAUGACUUUGACUGGAUUCGCUCUCAGGGCUCCACCAUCACUGCAAAUACUGGCCCUACAAGUGACCACACUCUGCAGAAUAUUAAAGGUCACUACAUGUACAUAGAGGCAUCUCAACCUAGGAAACCAGGAGACAAAGCUCGACUGCAUUCAGAGAUUUUGAAUAACAGUUCACAUCCCCAGUGCCUCACCUUCUGGUACAAUAUGCAUGGAGCUGGCAUGGGUACCCUCUCUGUGUAUAAGAACCUAGUCUCUAGAACGUCAGGACUUAUUCAGCUCUGGACACUGAGUGGAGACCAGGGAGCUCAGUGGCAGAAAGCCUCAGUCCCUGUUCACGACAACAAAAAAGAGUUUAUGCUGGUCUUUGAGGGAGUGGUUGGCAGUUCCUACCUUAGUGAUAUGGCCAUUGAUGAUGUCAGUCUGACAGAUGGAGACUGCUCUUCUAGUAGUCAGCCAUCAAAAUUUACCUGCAGAAAUCAGCAGACUGUGACUAGUGAUAAAGUGUGCAACUUUGUGAAGGACUGUUCUGAUGGCAGCGAUGAGGUUCAGUGUGGAAACUGUACCUUUGAGGUAGAUCUGUGUGGGUAUAAUGACAUUAGCAAGGGUUCUUUUAGGUACCUGCGCACCAGUAAUUCUACAUCAACAAAGAGUCUUCCAAUUCCAUUUGACCAUUCUUACAACAAAAACAGUGGAUAUCUGCUGUAUGUGGACACAAGCCGAGGAACUUUCAACUCUUUGGCCACAUUAGCAAGUCCUGUACUUCAUCAGUCUUCUCCAGCCUGCCAGCUGUAUUUCUACUACUUCAUCAUUGGUAGUGCUGGUGCUGGUCAGCUUCAGGUCUCCGUCAUGACUGGAGACACCAAAACCAUUGUCUGGCAGCUCCGUACCAGCUCUGUUACUAACCAGUGGCUACUUGCUGUGGCAGACAUAGGUGCUUUAAUGGAGACUUCCAGAUUUACAUAG